UUAGUUACAUAUCUGUGGUUAGGUUAUAAUAAAAACAAGCAGAUUUCAAAAAUAUUCAAAUAAUGAAUACAAAUUCACAUUUCAAAGAUCAACACAUUUGAAUCUUGAGCAAAAUAUAUGAAACCUCAAAAUGUUGAAAUCAUUUUUAAAAUGUGGAAAAGUAACCAGAAAUGGGAUUCGUUUAAUCCAUCAGAAGAGUGAAUUGCAAGCUGUUAAUAAUUCAGUUGAAAUAUCAGAGAAGGGUAAUGUGAAGUUUGAAUUGGUGGAGAAGGAAACUCUGCAGGAAGCAUUAAAAAAAUUAGAUGAAGAGAAACCCAAAUCAGUUUUAGAGAAAUGUGAAGAAGAUCUUUCUCAUGUGGCCCCUUACUUAAAACCAACGUUCAACUUGGCUGCCUAUGUCAAUAAAUCGGAAACAUUACAAGAACUUUUGAAAUUAGGUGUAGAUUUGUAUCAAUUGGAAAAGAAGAAAGAUGUAGCUAGUUAUAUUACUUCCUUAAACUUCAAAAAAGAUAUAAAAGAGCAUGUUGUAUUCUUAUAUAAUUUGGGUAUUUCAGUUGACGAUAUAGGAAAAUUUAUAACAAAGAAUCCUCUCAUUUUCAAAGAAGAUUUAGAUACUUUAAACACACGUAUUGCAUAUUUGAAAUUCAAGAAAUUUGAUGAUCAAAGUAUUGCAAGAAUAGUUAGUGUGAACCCUAUGUGGUUGAAGUUCAGUACUCAGGAUAUAGACAAUAAAUUAGGGUUCUUUCAAAAUCGUUUCCAUCUCUCUGGAAAUGAAGUAAGAAAACUUGCAACCAAACAACCAAAGCUUAUAACAUGCAGUGAGGACCUUAUAAAAGUUAACAUAUUUUCUAUUAAGGAAGAAAUGGGUUUCAGUGAUGGUGAAAUGAAAAUGAUUAUUAUGGCACAACCUAAAAUAUUCAUGAGAAGACAUGAAAAUAUUUUGAAGACAUUUGAUUUCCUCAACAAAACAAUGGGAAUAUCAAAUGAAACAAUAGUGAAAAAUCCUCAGAUUUUAACAUGUAGAGAGCACAAGUUGAAAGAGAGAUAUCAAUUUCUUCAAAAAGUGAAUAGAGUACAAUUUGAUCCAAAAAAACCAAACUAUGUAUCAUUGUUGAUGCUGGUUUCCGAAUCUGAUGGUCAUUUUGCAGUUGAAGUGGCUAAAAGUUCAAUACAAGCUUACAAUGAGUUCCUCAAAGCAUCAUGAUGAUAAAAAUGUAAAUAAAUCAUUGAUGUGUAAAAAGUUGUAUAAUGCAAAAUUAAAUCAUAAAGUACAAAAUUCAAUUA